AUCAUUUUAUUUAUCAUUAACAAUGUAUACUGUAAUACAGCAAUUAAGUGCAACACAACGCUUACGGACAGCGAAGAGGGUGUCAUUGAUCUACAAUUGUCGGGCAAUGAAACUAUCGACGGACUGGUAUGUCAUUGGCUGAUACGUGUGCCGGCACCGCACCAACAGAUACUGUUGAUAACCGAUGAAAUGCAAAUGAAAUACUAUGACAACUACUAUGUCUACGACGGCGAAGAUGAAUCGUCGGGUGAACUGUUGGUCAAACAUUACGGUUCGCGUGAUAUCAAAAAUAUUGUGUCGACAAAAAAUACGGUGUUUGUCAAAAUUGUUGCCGAAUCCGAUCGGUUUGGCCGCAAUAUAUCUGUAAAGUUGAGAUACCGGGCCGUCAAAUUAGGUUGCAACGGUAUAUAUACUGGCAAUAGAGGUGAGAUUAGUCUAUUGAGGACACCCGAUGAACAAACAGUACCAAUCGGGUGUCACUGGAACAUAACGGUGCCCAACGGCAAAAGUAUACGAUUGCUGAUCGAAACACUAGAAGUUAAAUAUCCGGACAGAUUUCGGAUAUACGACGGUAACAGUGAAUCGGAUAGACAACUGUAUCAUACAAAGUUCGGGUACGGUAUGCAAGCCUACGGCGACGGUGUUAACGUAAUAUCGUCCAGCAAUAAAAUGUUAGUAACAUUUCAUUCGGACGUCAAACUGUAUCUACCGUUUCGUAUGAACACCAUCUAUAACAUUACAAUUAGACUGCACUGGGAGGCCAUUGAUCAUGGAUGUGGUCUACAGUUGAACAACACCCAGGGUGUCAUCUAUAGUCCCGGUUAUCCCGGAAACUAUUUUAACAAUAUACAGUGCGACUGGAAGAUAACUGUGCCCAUCGAUCACAUAAUUGUCCUCACAUUUGAUGACUUUUGUACCGAAGAUAACGAUCAGUUGACAAUCGACACAUAUACACCGUUACGUCACAGCGGUCCGCAUAAGCCGUCCAAUUUGUUGUCGUCGACAAACUCCCUGAGCUUGAAGUUCAAAACAGAUCAAUCGCUAACCGAUCGGGGCUUCAAAAUUACAUACAAAGCCAAAUCAUUAGAUCCCAACAUAACGUUUCUCAUAUCGGCCUACAAUGCAAUACUGAAAGUUCAUUCAUCGCGUAUCGAAACCCAGUCUAUUGGCGGCCAACAAGUAUCGGGAUUUGUCGACUAUGAUCUCAGACGAGAGCUGAUUGUCUGGUAUGAUCCACAACAUCAACGCUUCUGUAUCCAGUCGACAGUGUUUACCGAAAUCUAUGUCCAACCGGGCCGGCGACCAGUUAGUCUGGCACUGGACUGGCAACACGGCCUACUCUACUGGCUGGACAUACAGCCUAAAUCCAUAAACGUCGUGUCGCUGGACGACAACACCAAACACCAGUACACGGUUUGUCUGCUGAGAAGCGAUAAUCCACGCGAUUUGGUGGUCAAUGCCAAACGUUCGGUACUUGUCUGGAGUAAUGUCGGCAGCCGUGACCCGAAUCUUGUCCAGAGUCAGAUGGACGGCAACAAUCAGACAAUUUUCUACCGAAACUCACGGCACGCUUUUCACUUGACAAUAGACUAUCAGUUCGAUCGGUAUUUCUUUGUCGACAUUGAAGACCAUUGCCUAUACUCUAUCGACUUUGACGGCAACGACGAACAGUUGUAUCUGAAAUCCAGAGAACUGUUGGAUCCAAUACUGGCGAUGUCGGUAAUAGACAACGAUCUAUAUUUUAUGAAUGAAUAUCUAUUGUAUAGAAUACCUGAUGUAAAUCUGUCGAUAAACAGAGCACAGGUAGCCUACAAAAUACACAGAUAUCCGACUAUUGAUAGCCAAGAAUAUUUUAUGGCCAACACUGUCGACAUCGACCGACGCGAGUUCAAUGGAUUUAAGAUUAUUGAUAUCCGACUACAGCCCGAUGUCGAUGAAGGAUCGGUUAAUAGGUACCGAUCGGCGGCGGCCAACUGCCAGGGCAUAUAUUUGCCAAGUAGUGGAAAAUCAUAUCGGUGUCUGUCGGCGACAACUGUCCCAUCGUAUAGUCUACCAGUAAAUGUAGUAAUAAAUUCUGACGAAACAAUUGCGGCCACAUUGUCGACAAACGAUAGAUCCAAUGGUUUCGACUACUAUUCCUCUAAAACAGCAAACAAUGGCCACAACACUGGUAGUAGACUUGCGAUUGUGAGUAUCGUUUUCAAUGCACUGUUAGCCUUUUCGUUGGUUUUUGCAUUUGUAUUGAUUUUAAAACUUAAAACUAUGGUCCAAACCUCCCGAGCUAUGAUGGAUAACAACAACUAUAAUCAUAGAUCUGUAGCGAUAACUGAGCCAAGAGUGUCGGUACGAAACAUAGCCUACUGUAAUACAACAGGUAGUGGUAGUAGUAAUAGUAAUAUUAAUAGUAGUAUUGAUCCCUAUUUGUCAUCAUCUCAACAAAAUUUGCUGGAUAUGGAAAUUAGUACUAAAUUUUAG